CCGAUCAUUGAGUCUCACAAAACGGCUCUAUCUCUGUUUUACAUGUGUCAGCGAAGGAGAAACGGAUAGCUGACAUGGCUUCGCUUCAGCUUCAUCUUCUUCCACUCUCAACCGGUCCAUCCAGUUCCCGGUUCAGACGCAGUCCGGUCCGAUCCUCGACCGAGCGCCAGUCGCUCUUCAACCGCAUUGCCCCUGUCUACGAUAACUUGAAUGAUUUGCUGAGCUUGGGUCAGCACCGAAUAUGGAAAAGAAUGGCAGUGUCCUGGAGUGGAGCAAAAAAGGGAGACAGAGUGUUGGAUUUGUGCUGUGGAAGUGGGGAUUUGGCGUUUCUCUUGUCUGAGAAAGUUGGGUCCAGUGGCAAGGUGAUUGGUCUCGAUUUCUCGAAAGAGCAGUUAUCAGUUGCUUCUUCGCGGCAAAAGUUGAUGUCAAAAGCCUUCUACACGAACAUUGAGUGGGUUGAAGGUGAUGCAAUUGAUUUGCCAUUUUCUGAUGGUCACUUUGAUGCCAUCACUAUGGGUUAUGGUCUGAGAAAUGUAGUAGACAAACAUAAGGCCAUGCAGGAAAUGUUUAGAGUUUCAAAAGCAG